ACGGGUCAGAUGGUAGAGGGCCCAGCUGCUGCCACACUGGUCAUCACACUGUUAUUUAGUUGAAGUUACAUAAAUAAGAACCAACAUGUUGCGUUCAGCUAUCACGACCUCGACCUCGACUCUAAGCAAGUGUUUGCAAAGAGCGACCCUUAAUUCGAAUUCAAUAUAUACAGUGCCUGCACUCAAUGCAACUUUCGUUCGCAAUCAACAAACUCUUCCGGUAAUUGAAACGUCGCCGAAUUUGCCAAAGAAGGGCUACUCUCCGUUCGGAACCAAACAAACGUCUGUGGCGGAAUGGUCAUUGGCCAGAUUGGAUGAUCUUCUGAACUGGGGUCGCAAGGGCUCAAUAUGGCCCCUGACAUUUGGCCUGGCCUGUUGCGCCGUCGAGAUGAUGCACAUUGCAGCUCCACGAUACGACAUGGAUCGCUACGGCGUAGUUUUCCGUGCCUCUCCCCGGCAGGCCGAUGUCAUCAUUGUGGCCGGCACUUUGACCAACAAAAUGGCACCGGCAUUGAGAAAGGUAUACGACCAGAUGCCCGAGCCCCGUUGGGUCAUCUCCAUGGGAAGCUGCGCCAACGGAGGCGGCUACUACCACUACUCGUACUCGGUGGUUCGUGGCUGCGACCGGAUAAUCCCCGUUGACAUCUAUGUUCCCGGCUGCCCACCAACUGCCGAGGCAUUGAUGUACGGCGUUCUGCAGUUGCAAAAGAAAGUGAAGCGUAUGAAGACUCUCCAGAUGUGGUACAGAAAGUAGAUAAAUUACAGAAAAUAAACGUAAAAUGUCAAACCUAAACACAACUAAGCAGUCUUCAAAGAUGAAUAUGAGCUAAAACUACUUACAUGUUUCAUUUGUUGGGCUUACGACCGAUUGUUACAGGUUAUCGGAUUUCGAUACAAAUAAAUGCUUAGCCAAAUAUAAA